AUGAACGGAGAGGUUGGCCAUGGAAUGGAGGGGCCGGUUGGAGUUGAGGUGAUCGGGGCGCUCAAUCACGGCGGCGUGAGAAAGCACAAUCUGCAUUGCGGCGCUCGGGUCUUUCGCCGCCUUGACAGGCACGCCUACAUCAACCUUCUCCAAUGGUCGGGAGGGAAGCUGAAAAUAGGGGGCAAGGUUUUCCCAGUAUGUUCCCCCACGCUUGGCAUAACCAAGUUGGCUGGCACGCCCGAGGCUAUCACUCGGUCUAGCUUUGCCUUCUUCGCAGCCGAGAGAAGCGGCUCAGCAGGACUUUUUUCCGAUGCAUUGGAAUGGGAGGCGCGGGUAGGAGUCUGGGAUGUGGCGCCCUGGCUGCGAGGCGAGAGAGAGGCGCCUUGA